CGGUCAUCCCGCCGCGCCAGCACCAGGCCCGAUCUCGCCGUCCUGGGCCUCAGCGCAAGUCAUCAGCAACGCUCCCAUGGCGAGCAGCCCGCCGAAGAUGCGCCUUUCGAGCGCAGAGAGACCAAGGCGGAGCGCGAGGCACGCAGGCUCGAGCGCGAGCGCGUCAACCGCCUCAAGGAAAGAGAGCGUAGCAUGCGCGAGGAGCACGUCGAUGGGGGGUAUCUCGUUACCACGGGAAUCUACACGGCAUCAGAGGACUUUAGCAAGUCGACAGUCCGCCAUCUUCAGAUCGAACGCAGGAUAGCUCCGUUCUGGCGCGGCCUCGAUGACUUCAAUGAGAGCUGGGUCGAGCACCAGAUCAUUGCCGCCGCAAGAGGGCUAGACAUUCCGCCUGCCGACGAGAUUCCCGAUCAUCUUGUGCCCCAGCCCGUCGAGUCGCCCAGCGACUCCACAGCAAACAUCAACAGCCUCACUGUGCCCAUGGGCCCACGGACAAUGUCAGCUUCAUCCGACAGGAGUGUAUCCCAGUCCGGCUCUGCUCUUCCUUCGCCAACACAUCCACCUUCCCUGACUCGCCCGGCAUCUUCAUUCAAGUCGCACAAGAAAGCGCUCGGCGCCGUCCUCAGCUUGACCCGCAACAGCUCCAGCACUGAGCUUCAGCCGCGAGAGGUCAACCAGCCCAGCGACCCCUUUGUGAACGGCCAGCCUAUCGAGGUCUUUUUGUACAAGCAAGGUACAGAGUGCCCACUCUGUCUGAUGUAUUACCCGCCUUUUCUCAAUCGGACGAGGUGUUGCGACCAGCUCAUCUGCAGCGAAUGCUUCGUACAGAUCAAGCGGCCAGACCCGCACUACCCAGAGCAGCAUCCUGGGGAAGAGGGCAGCAGCAACGCCAACGAGAGCACCGCGGACGGCGAGGAGAACAAGACCGGCGAACUCAUCAUGGAGCCUGCCAAGUGCCCUUACUGCACCCAGUCAGAGUUUGGUGUCACGUAUGACGCCCCGCCGUUCCGCCGCGGUGUCGUCUACGCCACCGGCGGCCAGGGAUAUGGGUCCUUGUCCAAUGCGAUGUCUUCCACCAGCUCUCUCAACUCCGGCACGCCACCCACAUCGAAUCCGGUCUCUCGCAGGCGCGGCCAGAGCUUGUCGGCUAUAGCCCCUAACGUCAUUACUACGGAUCGGAUUCGGCCCGAAUGGACGACCAAACUCGCGGCCGCUCGAGCCCAGCAGCGCCGGAGGGCAGCGGCCGCAGAUGCUCUGCAUCAUGCGGCCUUCUUUCAGCCCGAGCAGCAGCCUCGGGGUCUGUUUGGAAGGUCGAGCCGGUUCAGUCGCAGGAACACGCGAGAUCUUCGGGGCGGUGAAAGCCCCAGCCAAAGCCCAUCCCAGGCGCAGAACACCGACAGCGGCGUGGACACACCUGGCGGGCCCGAUGCAGGACCGCGUGAAACCGCUGCGAGGUCUGGGCGUGAGCGAUUCGAUCCCGCACAUCUCGAGAACCUUAUGAUGGCCGAAGCCAUCAGACUGAGUCUGGCGGACGAGGAAGAUCGGCGCAAGAAGGCGGAGAAGGACGCCAAGAAGGAGGCCAAGAAGCGGGAGAAGGAGGAGCGCAAGGCAGCUAAGCGCAACACAGUCUACGGAGGGCCAAGCGCUAGUGGCAGCGCGAGCUCGAGUUCGUUGAAUCUGCCAUUUGGACGCAAGCGUGGCAACAGCGGUGCGAGCAACCUGAGGUUCGAGACAAGCUCCACGAACCUAAGGCCGCCGACAUCCAACCCAGUAGAUACCGCCCCUGGCGACAAGGGAAAGGGCGUCGAUCGGAGCUUCGAUAGCGAAGCGGCUACCAGCGCAGCAGCAUCCAGUGCGCCAAUCAGCAUCUCGCCAACCGCGGCAGCAGCCACACGCGGCAAGUCUCACCUGCGGCAGAUGAGCAACGCCAGCUCGAUCGAGACGUCUGACGUGGAGAGUGCUCCUGGGAGCUACGUCAACCAGUCCCUCGCGGUAGAGGAUCCACGCGCGAGUGGGCUGAGCCUGAGUGGCCGCAGCGGCGACGAGGGUGACAAUGCCAACCCGGGCGAGUCGCUCUUCAACUUCCAGAGCCUUGCCGAGAUGGUGGGAGUACACUUGGACGGAGAGCCAGAGUCGCCAGAGAGCGGGCAUGCCAGUCCGAAGGGCAAGGAGGCCGAGGCGGAGCCCGAAGUGGCGCAUGAGGAGCAUGUCGAGCGUGCUGUUGCCGAUGUUGCA